AUGGGGUCCAUCAAGACACUCGCGUUGAAGGUCAAGCUCGCUAAGAAGGCCAAGCAGAACAGACCUCUGCCUCACUUCUUGCGAACCAUCCCCGGUUACAAAAUCAGAUGGAACAACAAGAGGCGCCACUGGAGAAGAACGAAGCUCAACGUGAAUGUUUAA